ACAUACAAACGAAAGUUGUCAAAAAAAAUUAAGAGCUCGUAGUGAUAUUUUCGCCUUAGCGUUACGUAGGACAGAAUGCUGUUAUGAACAUAGUGUACGAGUUAGGCGUUGAUUGACAGCGCCUUCAGCCAAUGAAAUCACAGGAAGCGUGCACGAGUUCGAAUCCAAUGAAUGAGACGCGCCAGAUUUAGAAAGCGCUGAUGGAGAGAGUGAUACUGGGUGAUGUAGUGUAGAGGAAAGUGCGUCAGUACUGCAAUAAACUCCAACAAACAUGGGUUUAAACACCACCACUGCUGUUCUAUGGCUUUUAUGCGCUGUUAUCGCAGUCAGCGGGUCUGACACGUGUGAAGUGUGUGUGGGAUUUUUAGAGCGUCUCUACAGGUCCUUGGUGGCCACUCACAGGGAGCUGUCCUCAGCACUUGUAGAGGAAGAGCUUAAGAAAGCAUGUGCCGAAUCUACAGGGAAGGAAAACCGACUGUGUUAUUACCUCGGAGCCUCCAGUGACGCUGCUGCGAAGGUGACCGGUGACGUGAGUCGUCCUCUCAGCGCCCAUGUCCCGGUGCAGAAGAUUUGCCAGCGACUCCAGAUGAGAGACCAACAGAUCUGUGAACUUCGAUAUGAGCGUCAGGUACUGGACUGGAGUCGAGAGGCUCUGUCUAAGAUGCGGGUGUUGGAGCUGAAGCGAGUGUUGGCCUUGUGGGGAGAGGAAUGCCGCGGAUGCCUGGAAAAGACUGAAUUGAUCGAUCUUAUCCAGGAGGUGGCCCCCAAGCACAGCCCAGCUCAGUCUGGGACACAUUCAUCUGAUCUCUGAGGGCCUCCUGCUGGUGUAGCCCCAUGCUGAGGACAUGCAGUGCUGAUCUGACAGGUCCUCCUCGUGCAGCUCUGAGCUGAAGACACAGAUUUAUCACUAAGGUUCUGCGAUGUCAGUGUUGUGGUUUAGACAUGUGAUGAUUUCAUUCAGGUGUAGAGCUUAAACGGUAUACGAAGACGUUUCAGUAUGUCGGACUUGAGGAAGCGCUGACCAGUGUUGUGACCUUUUUGUGAUUAUAUUGUGAAUAAA